GAUUGGCUGUUGAGCCCAGAGAGGGCGUGUCGACGGCGACGGCGUGGGUUCGCCUGUGUGACACAAUUACAACAACUUUAAUCUGGCGGAGGACUGAAGUUUCAUAUUGUUUUAAUAAAUUGAGCAUUUCUAAGUGUGCACGGGCUGCAACUCACGCAUAAAAACUGAGCCACCGCAUCACGCGUUUUAUUAAAAAAAAAUGUAAGACGCGCCACUGGAGGGCUAACUCACUUCUUACGGGGCUUCACAAACCGAACCGCGUUUUUACUGGGAAAAGUUCCGUUAUAUUGUGGCUUUCGGGCGCACGGAGAUCGCCUUCACUCGAUUCUAGGGUGCGAUUCCAUGAAAUCGUGCCGAGUGUCGCUCGCUGCUGCUGCUGGUGAUGAGGAGAAGAAAAUGGCGGCGGGAAAAGCGAGUGAACGCGAGGAGGAGGACGCGCCGCGACUGAACGCGCAGGAGAGCGACACUCUGGCCCGCAUCGACAGCUCUCUGUUCGGAGAUCAGCGGCUUCAUGAAGAUGGCGCCAGUUUGAAGGCCCUGCUGAUAAAGGCCGUGCGCUGCUAUGAAUCUGUCAUCCAGAAAUCUGAAGGGAAAGUGGAUCCAGAGUUCUUCUGUCAGCUCGGUCAUUUCAACCUCUUACUAGAGGAAUAUUCUAAAGCAUUAUCGGCGUACCAGCGGUACUACAGUUUACAAUCAGACUACUGGAAGAACGCUGCAUUUCUGUACGGCCUCGGGAUGGUUUACUUCCAUUAUAAUGCAUUUCAAUGGGCGAUCAAGGCAUUUCAGGAGGUGUUGUACAUCGAGCCCGGCUUCUCUCGAGCGAAAGAGAUUCACCUGCGUCUCGGACUGAUGUUUAAAGUCAACACAGACUACGAGUCCAGCUUAAAGCAUUUUCAGCUAGCGCUCAUCGACUCCAACCAAUGCACUUUGUCCAAAGCUGAAAUUCAGUUUCACAUCGCACAUCUGUAUGAGAUUCAGAAGAGAUACCGCACGGCUAAAGAGGCAUAUGAGAGUCUCUUACAGACAGAGAAUUUACCUGCACAGGUGAAAGCUGCUACAUUACAACAACUGGGCUGGAUGCAUCAUACAGUGGAGCAGUUGGGUGAUAAAGCGAAUAAAGACAGUUAUGCUAUCCAGUGUCUACAGAAAUCUCUGGAAGCAGAUCCAAACUCCGGCCAGUCCUGGUAUUUCCUCGGCAGGUGCUACUCCAGUAUUGGGAAGGUCCAGGAUGCGUUCAUUUCAUACAGACAGUCCAUUGACAAAUCAGAGGCCAGUGCAGAUACAUGGUGCUCUAUAGGCGUGUUGUAUCAGCAGCAAAAUCAGCCCAUGGAUGCGUUGCAAGCGUACAUCUGCGCCGUGCAACUGGAUCACAGUCAUGCCGCAGCCUGGAUGGAUCUGGGCACGCUUUAUGAGUCCUGCAACCAGCCGCAGGAUGCCAUCAAGUGCUACAUUAAUGCCACGCGCAGCAAAACCUGCACCAACACCGCUGCGCUGGCUGCACGCAUCAAAUACCUGCAGGCUCAGUUCUGUAACCUCCAACACAAUAGUCUACAGAGUAAAAGUAAAAUGCUUCCUAGUAUUGAGGAAGCGUGGAGUCUCCCAAUCCCAGCAGAGCUAACGUCCAGACAGGGCGUCCAGAGCGCAGGCAUGCAGGCGUGUAAACCUCAUCCAGGGUCAUCGGGGGCGUCUCACGGAUCUGGUCAAUCACUGCCACCUCACAUGAGCGCGCUGGAUCAGGCCGAGGGUCAGACUAGCCCGGCCAAGAGGAAACGGACCGCCAGCCCUGCAAAGAGUUCAGAGUCGUGGAGCAACAAUCCAGCACAAACACAAACUCCCAACUGGUACCUGUCACCUCAGAAGCUGCAGUUGUUGGAGCAGUUGCGGGUGAAUCGUGCAGCUCUGAAGCCUGCGCAGCUGCAGAUGUUGGAGCAGUUGGAGGCUCAGCUGUCAGCCAUGAAUCUACACCAGCAGCAGAUGCGUAACAGCUCUUCUGGUCAGAUUCGACCCUCUCUCACCAACGGCCCCUCAGCCGAGUCGUCACUGCCUGCUCACACCGCUCCUCGCAGCCCGGCCCUGAGACCGCCCUGGCCCUUCCUGCCCAGCCCCGCCCCACGCACCGCCCCCCAGCCCUCCCCUUCAGUCGGCAAUAAUCACACACCAGGAAGCAGAAGUAACAGAGAUGUGCCUUACCUGCAGCCCAACACACUACCUCACAAAUGCACAAGCCCAGGAGAAGCGUGGAAGAGCCAGCAACAUCUGAACUCCUCUCAGGGGCUUCAGAAGAGUCCCGGGUCUCAGUCGGCAUGUCCUAAUGGAGACCGGCACCUCUCCUCCAGUGCUUCGGCCGACGGCUCUCACAAUCAGGUUGGACAUUCCUCCACGACCCCCAGCGACCCUUCGGAGCCAGCUGUCAAUCAUUUGUCCUCGUCCUCCCCUUCCUCCGCGUCCUCACCCGCGUCUUCUUCCUUGCACACGGCUACCUCAGGUGCUCCGACCGGCACCGCCCCGACCAAAGAGAGCGCAGCCACGCAGGGCAACGCCUCCACUGCCACAAACCACCACAGUCCCCACUGCUCGCUCACGCCCGCCUCACCCACCGCUCGUUCCGCAGACAAUCCGCAGCUCUCGGCUCUUCUAGGUGGGAAGGAUGGUCUCGCCGCAUCCUCCAUGGUCAAUCACGUCCACUCGAGCGGCGUGUCUUCGCCCGUCUCUGCCCUGUUCACCACAUCUCCUUCGCCGCGCUCCAUAGAGCCCACGGGCAGCCUUAACGAACCAGGCUCUGCCACGCCCGGACCGCCGCCCACCGUCACAGUUAAUGGCAGUGGAGGCGGAGCCUGUUCAGAAGACUCUCGGAGCCCGCUGAAGGCGGAGCCGCCUGAACUCUGCAUCAGAGCACCUCAUAGACCCGCCCACUCAUCAUCCACCGUGUCCAUUUACCCCACAUCAGCUGACGUCCUGAAGGCCUGCAGGAAUCUUGGUAAGAAUGGUCUGUCGAGCAGCAGUAUCCUGCUGAAUAAAUGUCCACCGCCGCGUCUCCCUCCGCCCCCUUCACCCCCGCUGCCGAAAGACAAACUCAACCCCCCCACGCCCAGCAUCUAUCUGGAGAAUAAACGAGACGCGUUCUUCCCGCCACUACAUCAGUUCUGCACAAACCCGUCCAAUCCCGUCACUGUCAUACGUGGCCUCGCCGGAGCGCUCAAACUCGAUUUGGGCUUGUUCUCUACUAAGACACUGGUGGAGGCAAAUCCAGAGCACCUGGUGGAGGUGCGGACGCAGCUGUGUCAGCCGGCUGAUGAGAACUGGGACGCGAGCGGCACGAGGAAGCAGUGGCGCUGCGAGAGCAGUCGAUCGUACACCACCAUCGCAAAAUUCGCGCAGUAUCAGGCUGCAUCCUUCCAGGAGUCACUGCGGGAAGAGAACGAGAAGAAAGGCCAGAAGGAGCUGUCAAACGAAAUGACAUCAUCAGACUCUGUCUCCAGCAGGCGGAAGGGUCCUUUAAAACAAAUCAAGUUUGGGACCAACAUUGACGUGUCCGAUGAGAAGAAGUGGAAGCUGCAGCUGCAGGAACUCAGUAAACUGCCUGCGUUUGCGCGGGUCGUGUCUGCAGGGAACCUGUUGAGUCACGUGGGUUACAGUAUUCUGGGUAUGAACACGGUUCAGCUCUUCAUGAAGGUGCCGGGCAGCAGAACACCAGGUCAUCAGAAACACAACAACUUCUGCGCAGUCAACAUCAACAUCGGCCCGGGCGACUGCGAGUGGUUCGCCGUGCCGGAACCGUACUGGGGCGUGAUGAGUGAAUUCUGUGAGAAGAACAACAUCAACUUCCUGAAGGGCUCGUGGUGGCCGAAUCUAGAGGAUUUGUACGAGUCAAACGUGCCGGUGUAUCGCUUCAUCCAGAGGCCUGGAGAUCUGGUGUGGUUGAACACGGGAACGGUUCACUGGGUUCAGGCCAUCGGCUGGUGUAAUAACAUCUCAUGGAAUGUGGGGCCUCUGACGGCUUAUCAGUACAAACUAGCUGUCGAGCGCUACGAGUGGAACAAACUCCAGAGUGUCAAAUCUGUGGUUCCCAUGGUGCAUCUGUCCUGGAACAUGGCGAGGAACAUCAAAGUGUCCGACCACAAGCUGUUUGAGAUGAUCAAGUUCUGUUUACUGCGGACACUCAAACAGUGUCAGAGCAUUAAAGAGGCGCUGGUGGCUGCUGGGAAAGAGACGAUUUGGCACCGAAGAAGCCGUGACGAGCCGGCGCAUUACUGCACCAUCUGUGAGGUGGAAGUGUUCAACCUUCUGUUCGUCACGAGUGAUAGUUACUCCAGGAAGUCUUGUGUGGUUCACUGUCAGGAUUGCGCUCGGAAGGGCAGCGGUGAUCUCGAUGGGUUUGUGGUGUUGGAACAGUUCAAGAUGGAGGAUCUCAUGCACAUUUAUGACCAGUUCUCAUUAGCGCCUGCGCUCCAUUCAUCUUCAUCUUGACAUCGUCACAUUACAGGAACUCUACAAAUGGACCAUUUCUGAUAUUCAGGAUCGUCGCGAUGGCUGGUCACCAUAGCGACCAGGGACUGCGACUGAAGUGGCUGUGCGUGUCUAUGCAACCUGUUUAUAAACCGCAGUGUGUCGUUGUGGCCUACAGGGGGCGUAGCAGGUGAAAUUCCUCUACGGAUGUUUUCCUGAACGGCCCCUCGACGCGCUACACAAAUGAAUCAAACAAACUGGGGAGGAAUUGUGGGCCAAUGAUUUUUGUACAUAUGAUCUGCCACAACUGGCAUCGUCACUUCAAGACUACUGACACGAGAGGUUCUUUUGUAUUUUGUUAAUGCUGAAAUGUCUUUGUCACAAGGGUCGCCUUCACAGGAAGGAGCGCUAGUCUAGCUUUUUGUACGGUAGAUAGCGAUUUUAUGACGACUUUGGAUGGCAAAAUCUACAAACAAAAAAAAAUAUUUGUAAUGUGAAGAAUUAGGUGAUAUAAUUUUGUACUGCUUUUAUGUUUAUCUGUGUUCUUAUUUUAAAACCAUGUUUGAUAUUUUUGGUUUCUUGGGGGGGAAAAGGACAAAUUGUGGGAAAAAAUGAACGGCCAAGUCACACAGAGUGAAAUGGGUUGCACAUUGAAUUAGGAAUAAAGUUGAAAUUGUGAUUCUCCCCCCCCCCCAUUUGUUUUUGUUUCUAAUCCUGAUGUACAUUUACACUAUUUAUAAAUACAUAUUUAUUGCUUGAAGAUAUUUGUGGAUGGAAUGCUGUUAUUUUUCCCAGAGUACCUGCCAUUAAAUCUGAAGGAGUUUGUUCAUUUAAACUACUCCUGCAUUUUCUAUAUAGAAUUAAACGGCUUAGUAAGCAUUGUACAGAAACUAUAAAAAUGUUUUAUGUUUGAAGAAUGUUUUUUGAGUUAUUAAACAAGCUGUCAACAUAUAUUCAUGCACAUUUUGCUUGUAUUGAAUAUGAUGUGCAGACAUGUGAAACACUUUUA